CAGACAACAGCUUUCAUGACCUCCAUUCAGUCAAACUCCUCUGCAAAUGAGACCUUUGUUCGCCCUGCAACAUUUUUCAUCAAAGGCUUUUCUAAUGUUCCACAUGCAAAAUACUACUAUGUGUUUUUGUCUUUUGUGUAUGUUGUGACUGUUUUAGGGAAUUCAUUUAUCAUGUGUAUCAUUUAUUUGGCCCGCAGACUUCACACAGCCAAAUACAUUGCUGUUUUCCAUCUGGCCCUUUCUGAUCUGUGUGGAAGCUCGGCUUUGAUUCCAAAAGUAAUUGACACAUUUUUAUUCAAGCACCAGGAGAUUUCAUAUGAAGCGUGUUUUGCAAAUAUGUUUUUCGUAUAUCAUUUCAUGAAUCUGCAGUCUUUGACACUACUUGUCUUGGCUAAAGACAGACUGGUUGCUAUUUGUUUUCCUCUACGGUAUCAUGCCAUUGUAACCAAAACAGCCAUGUUUCUGAUCAUAAGUGUUAUUUGGAUUUCUUCUGUGACAUUUUUUUCUGUACUUGUAGGUUCUGUGAAUAGACUCUCUUUUUGCGGAUCUAAUGUGAUCAAUAGUCAUUUUUGUGAUCAAGGCCUUGUCUAUAAAUUAGCUUGUAAUGAUAAUUCUAUAAAUAUUAUGAUGGGAAAAAUUAGCUUUGGUCUCCUAAUGUGCACACCACUGAUACUGAUAAUUAUUUCAUAUUUAUGCAUUGCUCUGGCUUUGCUUAAGAUUGCUCAUGGUGCUGAAAGGAUCAAAGCCAUGAAAACCUGCACCUCACAUUUCAUAUUGGUGGCAAUAAGUUAUAUCCCACUUAUAAGCAAUAAUAUUGCAGCUGUAACAAUACCUAUCCAUCCAAACACCCGGUUAAUUAACAAUUCCCUGACGCAGACAAUACCACCUAUGCUGAAUCCCAUCAUAUACACUCUAAAGACAGAGGAGGUCAUGCAAUCCAUAAAAGAACUAUACAAACGAAGUAAGGUGAACACUACAAAAAGAAUAAAAUGUACUAGGGGAAAUUCAAAAAAAAAAAUUACAGGUUUAAACCUAAUCAGAUGA